UAAUGGCACCAGUCCGUUGUUUGCCCACCGCCAAAAAACAUGAAGAAGAAGAGGUAACCCAGUUGCCAGGACGAAUCGACACCGUGAGAGAACAGACCGACCUUUCAAAGUCCUUUUUCAAGCAACCAGGAGGACGCGGUGCUCCCGUAUAGUAGUCCCAUAGAAUGGGGAAUCUGGCGCUCUCCACAGGGACUGAUGCAGCCAUGUCUGAUCAAGUCAGUGGAGGGAGCUUCAUAGCCAGGAGGAUCAGCAAUGGCAUAACUUAUUAUUACGCUCCGUUCUCAGACACAGCGGACCAGAUGUUAUGUCCUGCCAAAGAAUCUCAAACAUCCGCUGCUCUUUGCCCCCUCUCUUCCCCAUCACCCUCAGCUCUGCCCCUCAGCGACUCCUCCUCUGCAGAUGCUUCCUCCUCUCCAUUGCUCUCAGAUUCACCUUCACACACACCUGUCUCUUCCCAAAACCAAUCAGAUUCUGCCUCCACUUCCCGUCCUCUUCUUCUUUUCUUCUCCUGGCUCGGUGCCCAGCCGGGGGCGGUGGCCAAGUACAGGGACCUUUACCUGGACCGUGGCAUGGAUGUCCUCGUGGUCCAGAGCAGUGUAAUGCACUUCCUGUGGCCUCGGUGGGGACUCGACUACGGGCUGGAGAUUUUGAAGGUUCUGGAGGAUCCUCAGUUCUCAGGGAGGGCGGUGCUGGUCCAUGCCUCCUCCAUCGGUGGCUACACUUUCACCCAGAUACUCACCCACAUUGCUCAGGGACCGAAAAAACAUGCAGGCCUGGCCCAGAGGGUGAAAGGGCACAUCUAUGACAGCUUGGUUGUUGGCACUCUGGAGCACAUGGCGAUAGGCCUUGGCAAGACUCUGGUGCCAUGUUUAGAGGGCUUUGUCAAAAACGCUGCCAUGUUUUAUUUCUGGCUCUUCAAAACCCACACGGCAGACUUCUAUGACAACAGCAUCCAAGUUUUCCACAAGAGCCCAAUUACUGCACCAGCCCUCUUCUUUUUCAGUGAAAAUGAUGCCCUGUGCAACCCAGUUGUCAUGGAAAAGUGUAUUGACCUCUGGAGGAAGAGGGGCAUGACUGUGGAGAGCAGGAAGUGGAAGGAGUCGAUACAUGCAGCCCACAUGCGAUGCCACCCAGAAGACUAUAUUUCUACCCUGGAAAAGUUCUUGAACUCACUGCCCAUUUCCUCCCUCAAAGCUAAAAUGUAAACUGUAACAUGCUUCAUGAUUUCAAAGAGAAGAUACUUUUUUAAUUUUGCAGCUGUGGUAAUAUUAACAGUGUAAUUUAACAAAGACAUUAUUUCUCUCCUUUUGUUUGACUUUUUUAAGUGAUAUGCAGUAUUUAAGAAAUUACUGUGGAGGUUAUGUAAUGCGAUGCUUGUUUUGCACAGGAAGUGUUAAUGAACUGUUGUUGCACUUGAUACCAGAUAUCUGGUUUCUGCCCAUUAUGUAAAAUAAAGCUUAUUUUGAGCUCAAA